AUGGACACGGUCGCUUCUUUACUCGAGAGGUACUACAUUGAAAAUCUAAUCGAGACUGGCUCAACUGCUCGAGUGAUGAAGGCAGUGCGGAGUUUGGACGGCAAGGUAUUUGCCAUGAAAGUUGCGAAAACGGUGAACACGAUAACUUCAAUUCCAGAAGAAAUCUUGAUCAACCAAGAGCUGAUGGCAGCUGAUAUCAAAGGCGUUACACAAAUGCACGAGUAUGCUAUAGACUUUGAGAUGAACCGAUACGUGAUAAUCAUGGAGUACAUGCCAAUGGACUUGCACACGUAUGUUUCAAGACGUGCCACGCCGAUCACAGAAGAAGAGUGUUGUCAUAUCAUUUGCCAAGUGGUGAAAAUACUUCUCGACAUGCAAAACAUGGUAGGCAUGCAACAUAUGGACUUGAAAAUGGAAAACGUUCUGAUAGAUCCAUUGACGAAAGAAGUGAAAUUGUGCGAUUUUGGACAUAUUGCAAAAGUCGAACAUUUGUGGACCGAUUCAAAAUCGAAAGGAACGCAUAUCUACUGGGCUCCGGAGACAGUGAAAGAGAGACGGUUCUACCCUACAAGAAGCAUCGUGUGGCAAGUUGGACUUCUCGCCUACGAUAUCAUACAAGAAGUGCCUUGGGAGAUGUACAAAGACGGAAACCUGAGUGACUUAACAUUCGAACGUUUCACGUGUGGUAAAGCCAUUUCGUUUAUUUACAUUUGUUUGGAACCAGACGUGCGCAUUCGAGUAGAUCUGUACCGUUUACUGCAGACCAGUUGGCUGGAUGAGAAGAACAACAACGAAAUGAUUUGUUCAUAA